AUGAGCGAGACCAUGUCUGUAGCCGUUGUUGGUGCUGGAAUCUUUGGCCUCUCGUUGGCUGUUGCGCUACGCGAAAAGGGCUACAAUGUUACUGUUCUUGAUCGCCACCCCUACGACGAGACCCAGUAUGAUCCUGUAGCCGAUGAAAACGUGCAGGCAGCGUCUGUUGACCAUAACAAAAUUUUUCGUGCUUCAUACGGCACAAAGCUUCAUUACCAACGCCUGGCACUAGAAAGCCGGGAAGAAUGGGUCGCCAUCAACAAGUCCUCCGGGGCCGACCUGUUUGUCCCCAGCGGCAUGCUUCGCGUCCAGCCGUCUGAUGAGCUCGGUGCCCUGGAAAAGGAGACCCUUGCUAACAUGGAACGUGAUGGUAUCCGCGAAACUCAGUUUGUCAAGAGUCUUGUGGAAGACAGAGAGCGCGCCAGGGCUGAAGGCUGGGAUGCCAAGCUUCUAGAGUUUCCUAUUCCGGACAGCAAAGAUGGCCGGACUUACGAAGCAGUCCUUGACUCCCUUGGUGGUUUUAUGCGCUGCUCCAAUGCGUGCUUAUAUUUCCAUCAACUCGCGGUCUCGAAAGGCGUCAAGUUUAUAUUUGGCAAUGAGCAUGGUGCUGUUGAAUCCAUCGUGGAAGAGACGGUCGGCGGCAAGAAGAAGGCUGUCGGAGUCAAGACCAGAGACGGCGCUGUCCACAAAGCAGAUGUAGUGGCCGUUGCAGGUGGCUCCUUUACCACGCAGCUCAUUCCCGACCUGUCGACUCACCUCGAAUCAUCUGGCGGCAGCCUCGCCACUUUUAAGAUUGACAAGGAGAACAAGGACCUUUGGAACAAGUAUUCGCCCGAGACGUUUCCCGUCAUUACCUGGAAGAGCACUCCUCGAAACAAGAUUGGAAAGGACACCGGCAGUGUUUAUGUGCUCCCGAGAACUCCAGAUGGCCUGGUCAAGAUUGGGUUCCGCGGAAUCAAGUUUACCAACUUUCAGCCGGCGCCUGAAGGCGUUCCAUUCACUCAGGAUGGCAAGUGGUCCAUCCCGAUGUCGCCCAGUGACUCGAGUGCUAUUCCCGAGGCCGCCAUAGAUUCGAUCCGACAAUUUGUCAAAAUAUUUCUGCCUGACUUUGACAAAGUCCCGUUUCAUUCGACGAAGCUUUGCUGGUACACUGACUCUCUCGACAAUUCUUUCGUGAUUGACCAUGUCCCGACUUACACGGACAACUCGCUCUUUGUCUGCACUGGCGGCAGCGGCCACGGCGCCAAAUUUCUACCCGUUCUGGGAAAGCACGCUGCGGACAUUCUGCAAAACGGCGACAACGCCACAAGCUUCCUGCGCCCUUUCUGGCGCUGGCGCCCCGACGCCCCACGCCGCAAUGGUCUUGAGGAUGGCCCUCACAGCCAAAGAAACAUUGGCCAGUGCCAAGUAGAAAACGAGUUCCAGAUUCUCGGCUGCACGUACAUCUAG